AUGGACGAAGUAGACGACAUAUUAAAUCAAAACCAGGUUGUAGAAGAGGAAGAGGAUGAGGAUGAUCUGACUGAAGAAAUUGCAGGUGUUGCUGAACCUACAAACGCUAAUGACGAGGAUGGUCAGGACGAAGAUGAAGAGCAGGAUCAAAACAUGGAAGAAGAGGACGAAGAAGAAGGAGAUGAUGACGAUGACGAUGAUGAGGAUGACGAUGAAAUAGAGGAUGACGAUGAAGACAUCGAUGAGGAUGACGAUGAGGAUGACGAGGAUGAGGAUGGGGUCAAUGAUGGCGAUAUGGAUGGGAACACACGGAAUGGGACCACAAGUACCAAUACUACACCAGAUAGCGAGUCAAAAAGGACUUCUGGUUAUGACAAGAUCCACAUGUACUAUACAGAAUUGGCAAGAAACGCAAGAAUUGCAUCAGUGUACUCCAUUACACCGUCCGCGGCCAUUCCGAUUCAGACGCAAGUUCAUUCUAUUACAAUGUCAAAAGGUCUAAAGUAUCUGUUUCUUGGAGGGCAGGAUGGAUACAUCAGAAAAUUCGAUUUUCUGAAUACAAUUGAAGGGAAGCUCUCUUUGACGAUUUUACAGAAGCAUUCACUUGUAGAGUCAAUUUCUAAUGCAGGUAUUUUGACGUCAUACUGGGAGAAUGAGAUUCCUCAAUUACGAAAAGAUAUGAAACUCACAAAAAAUGGUAAGGAGUAUGAACCAAAGGUAUCUCCGGUGCAUGCUUUGGAAGUCCAGUCAGAAUGCUUGUUUGUUUUGGCAGGGCAAGAAAAUGGUGGAAUCACAUUACAAGGUGUUCGAUAUAUGGAAGGCCAAAUAGGAUAUUAUUUUAAGAAACACAAGAGUACCGUAAGUUUGCUGAUGUUGAACGACAGUGAGGAUAAAUUCUUAAGUGGCUCCUGGGAUAAACAGUUAUUGGAAUGGGACUUAGAAACGGGAGAGUGUGUGACUGAAUUUAAAGGCGCUUCAUCACAAUUAUCCACUUUGGCAUAUAGGCCAUUGUUCUCCACAGUGGAAAUUUCGUCUUGCCGAUCUGACCAGAUUAACAACUCCAGCGACGUUAAGUCGGAUAAUGGUAAAGAAGAUGAUGAUAUGGAUUCUCUUUUUGGCGACGAAGACGACGAUCCGCUCGCUGACAAACCCAAGGAUAAAGAAUUAACCGUCGACCAAUCUCAACAAACAGACACCGCUGCCCCAACUCCAACUCAAAUGCUCGAUUCUCUGGACAUCAUUGAUAAAACUACCCUCAGGACAAAAUAUAAUGAAAACGUGUUACUUACAUCUUGUAUUGAUGGCGCAAUCCAAGUGUGGGAUCGCAGAAUUUCUACUUCUCCACAAAUAACUUUCCCCAGGCAUAAACUAACCCCGCCAUGGUGUAUGUCUGCAUGCUGGUCAAACGAUGGUGAUAAAGUGUAUGCAGGUAGACGGAGUGCAAUUGUCGAGGAAUAUGAUCUACGUAAAAUCUCCCAAGUAAGCAAAACUUUAAGGUUACCCAAAAUUUCGGGUCCAGUAUCCUCUGUUAAAGCGUUGCCCAAUGGUAGACACAUAUUAUGUGCGUCACAAGAUAACAUAAGACUGUAUGAUGUUAAUUCUAGCACAUCCACGCCAUUUUUAAUCGUACCCGGUCACCAUGGUGGCACAAUUUCACACCUGUAUGUCGAUCCCAGUUGUAGAUUUUUGAUAAGUACCAGCGGGAAUAGGGGAUGGCAAGGAAAUUGCACAGACAUUACCUUAAUUUACCAUAUUGAUCUAGAAUAA